AUGCUCCCCCCGGUUCCAUGCUUCGGCGAUAAAGGCGAUGUGGAAGAUAUCACAGAUGCUGAUAUCAUAUCAACGGUCGAGUUCGAUCACACGGGAAACUACCUUGCAACAGGCGACAAAGGGGGACGAGUAGUAUUAUUCGAGAGAAAUGAGACGAAAAAAACCUGCGAAUAUAAAUUCCACACCGAGUUCCAAUCUCACGAGCCGGAAUUCGAUUACCUAAAAUCUUUAGAGAUUGAAGAGAAAAUCAACAAAAUAAAAUGGUGCAGGCGGCAAAAUGCGUCUCAUUACCUCCUAUCCACCAAUGAUAAGACUAUAAAGUUGUGGAAGGUGUUUGAUAAGUCGUUAAAGGUUGUCGCGGAGAACAACCUCUCCCAUGAUCUGACCCCGGCAGGUGCAGUGGUUGGAGGAGGCAUGCCCCGCGCUCCACUUAUUUCCUUCCGCGAUGCCUCAUCGCUCAAACUGCCACGGCUCACACACCAUGACACCGUAGUCGCCGCAGUGCCUCGCCGUAUCUACGCUAACGCCCAUGCCUACCAUAUCAAUAGCAUAUCCGUGAACAGCGAUGGUGAAACAUUCAUCAGCAGUGAUGAUCUCCGAAUCAAUCUGUGGAACCUGAAUAUCCAAGACCAAAGCUUCAACAUUGUCGAUAUUAAACCUGCAAACAUGGAAGAACUGACCGAAGUAAUAACUGCUGCAGAGUUCCAUCCCACUAGUUGUAAUUGGUUCAUGUAUGCUAGCUCCAAGGGAACCAUCAAGCUUGCGGAUAUGAGGCAGAGCGCACUCUGCGACCAGCAUCACAAACAGUUUGAACAAGAAGAAGAUGCGUCGUCACGCUCUUUCUUUUCUGAAAUCAUCUCUUCCAUCUCCGAUGUCCGAUUCUCAAGCGAUGGACGCUACAUAUUAUCCCGCGACUACCUAACCGUCAAAAUAUGGGAUGUGAACAUGGAAAGGCAGCCCGUAAAAACGAUCUCGAUCCAUGAACACCUCCGCCCCCGCCUUUGCGAUACGUACGAAAAUGAUAGUAUCUUUGACAAGUUCGAGGUGGUCUUCUCGGGUGAUUCGGAGAACGUCAUGACCGGCAGCUACAACAACAAUUUCAUGAUUUACCCCUCCGAUCCCAACAAGGAGACAGAAGUUGUCUUGCAGGCAGACAAGACCGCAUUCAAGGCUAAGAAAGUUGGCAUACCGACUCCCAUCAACAAUUCUGUGUCUAGUAAAAAAGGCGGGUCAAGAGCUGGCAGUCCUGCUGGUGCGGGUGGCCGGAUGAGGAGGGAAACGGACGCAGAUCAGACCGAUUUUAAUAGGAAGAUCUUACACAUGAGCUGGCAUCCGUUUGAGGAUAGUAUCGCGAUCGCAGCUACCAACAAUCUCUUCGUAUUCUCCGCGCUGUGA